GUUGGCGCCGGUGCCGGUCGCUCAGAUGCUCCAGCAUCGCCCGGCUGCCCCGGGCUCCGCUGGGCUGGCGGUGGUGUCGGGGUCAGUGCAGCGGGGCUGUGGGCGGAUAGUGCCCCUCUGCGCGCAGUGUCACUGUGCCACUGACUAGCCCAGCUAUGCAAAAAGCGAGAGAGAAUGAAUUCUCCACCGCAGACCCCACUGAGCCGAUCAGAGGUCUUCGGUCAGCUGAGGAAGGAGCUGUAUGAUGAUGAGGAGUUCCACCAGUCCGACACCCACAUUUUCAUCAUCAUGGGUGCUUCUGGAGACCUGGCAAAAAAGAAGAUAUAUCCCACACUUUGGUGGCUGUUCAGGGACAGUCUGCUCCCAGAAGACACUCGCUUCGUGGGGUUUGCUCGUUCCAACCUGACUGUGGACGACAUCCUCAAAAACAGCGGGCCGUAUCUCAAGGCAGUGGAGUCGGAGCAGGAAAAGCUAACUCAGUUCUUCCAGCGGAACUCCUACCUUUCUGGGCGCUACGGCGAAGAGGCGUCGUUCCGCAGCCUCGAUGCCCACAUCUCCUCGCUGCCCAACGGGACCUGUGCCAAUCGCCUCUUCUACCUGGCGCUGCCCCCGAGCGUGUACCAGGAUGUCAUCCGGAAUAUCCGCCGUGCCUGCAUGAGCACCAAGGGCUGGAAUCGGGUGAUUGUGGAGAAGCCUUUUGGGAAGGACCUGGAGAGCUCGGACCAGCUGUCCAAGCACCUGUCCUCACUGUUCUCAGAGGAGCAGAUCUACCGCAUUGACCACUACUUGGGGAAGGAGAUGGUCCAGAACCUCAUGGUGCUGAGGUUUGGGAACCGAAUCUUUGGCCCAAUCUGGAACCGGGACAGUGUGGCAUGUGUGGUUCUGACCUUUAAGGAACCCUUUGGGACACAAGGCAGAGGGGGAUACUUCGAUGAGUUCGGCAUUAUCCGGGAUGUCAUGCAGAAUCACCUGUUGCAGAUGUUGAGCCUGGUUGCCAUGGAGAAGCCGGCCUCCACGAGCUCGGAUGACGUCAGAGAUGAGAAGGUGAAGGUGUUGAAGUGUGUCCGGCCAGUGUCGCUGGAUGAUGUUAUUCUGGGCCAGUAUGUGGGUGAUCCCAAUGGCGAGGGGGAAGCAAAACUUGGUUACCUAGACGACCAGACCGUACCCCGUGGGUCCCGGACAGCUACCUUUGCCACAGCUGUGCUGUUUGUCCAGAAUGAGCGCUGGGAUGGGGUGCCGUUCGUGCUGCGCUGCGGGAAGGCCCUGAAUGAGCGCAAGGCGGAGGUGCGGCUGCAGUUCUGCGACGUCCCGGGCGAUAUCUUUGGCAAACACUGCAAGCGCAACGAGCUGGUGAUCCGAGUGCAGCCCAACGAAGCCGUCUACGCCAAGAUGAUGACCAAAAAGCCUGGAAUGUUCUUCAACCCAGAGGAGGCUGAGCUGGACCUCACCUAUGGCAGCCGCUAUAGGGACAUGAAGCUGCCCGACGCCUAUGAGAGACUCAUCCUGGAUGUGUUCUGCGGGAGUCAGAUGCACUUUGUCCGCAGUGACGAGCUGAGGGAGGCCUGGAGGAUCUUCACCCCGCUUCUGCACAAGAUCGAGUCUGAGAAAAUACAGCCCCUCCCCUAUACCUACGGCAGCCGGGGGCCAGCAGAGGCAGAUGAGCUGCUGAAGAAGGUGGGGUUCCGGUAUGAGGGGACGUACAAGUGGGUGAAUCCCCACAAACUGUGAGGGACACUGAGGCACAGGAUGGGGGGGUGAGCUCCAGUUUACAGGCCCGACAGCAGGUUCACCAUCAUGAUGAUCAGGUCCACAGAGGUGCACGUGCUCAGGGACAGACACCAGGCUGUGGGAGAGGACGCUGUGCCUUAACUAUCUGAUAUAAAAUAAAGAAAUCUAAGUUGCUGUUAAACCUGUGUGUUCAAAGCUAACUAAACAGUAUUGUUUGUGCCACUUACUGGCUUGCAUUCGACCAGAUAAGCUCAAUUUGUAAAAACUAGUCUGUCUUGUGUCAUUUGACACAUUCCAAUUUACUGCCAUUUAAAUUUGACAGCUUCAUAAUUCAAAUAAAUCAGUUUUGGCCCCAACA